UGCGGAUCAAUUAUGGGCCAGUUCCGGACCGUGCCAAAAGAUGGCCCGUGCCCCCUCUACCCCUCCUAGUCACCGGAUCCAAAGGGCAUAUCAAUCUGAUAUUGCUCGUCUUCGACCUUUGAGAGCUCAAGAAAGUUUUGACAGUUCAUUGUCUUUGAUCCCAGAUUGGAAUCCUUUGUGUGUUAACGUCCCGUUCCUUCUGAUUUAAUUCAAGCAUCAUAUGUAUGUUUGCAUUAUAGACCAGAAGGUUGUAAUGCAAGAACCUCGGAUCAUGACAGGCAAGGAAGUUACCCAGCAGAAACCUCGGAAGAGAAAAACAUUAUCCCUGGUUGCAUCUGCUAGUCAGAUGAAAGAGAUUUCUAAGCCCUCUCACAAGACAAGAAAAGGAUCUAAGACAAACCUGAAGAAUGCUGUCACUCCUCCAUUCCAACAUUCUGAUAGAUCCACUCCAGAUUCUUUUCCUGAUUCCUCAGGGUUAAGUGAUGAAUACCGGGCAUUAAGGCGCAAGUAUCUAUUAUUGGAGGAAGAGAGCUUUUCAGUGGGGAAAGAACUGGGUGGUGUUGAAGCAGAAGUGAAAACUCUUGAAGAUGAGAAAUCUGCACUUUUGGACCAGCUGGUUGUCUUAGAAGGUCUCAUUGAUCCUUCAGAGCUUCAAGCUAAAGGUGGCUUGUAAAUUGUAGCUCAUUCUAGAUAAGCAAUCAAAAAGCCAUCAAAUAACUUCGUAUCCAUGACCUAGACUUUUCUGCAAUUUACAGUGAUAAAUGUGGUGAUGAUUCUUUGUGACCAUUUCUUGAUGCUAUUCUCCAAUUUAUUUGGUUAAUAUUGUCCAACCUUCCAUUUAGAGUACUAGCAUUGGAAGUGCAUGGAAUCUGGAAACUACAUGGCAUUGUCUAAGGAUCUGGUUGCGUGAAGUCUCUCUAUAAAGUCUCGUUCUCAUAGAGAGAAAUUUCUGUGAUUA